GCGCUCCUGCCUUGUACGUGUCACUUGAGGUGUAGGCCCAAUUUGAUGAUCCAAUUUCAUUGACAAUCAUGCGCAUUUGAUGAAAAAAAGAUUAGAGACUGCGAUUAUUGAACAAAAAAAAAAAAAAAAAAAAAGACGACUUGGACUUUGUCUCGGGUUGGACUUUGUCCUGCAGGAGGCUUUAAAGCAGGCGGUGUUGUAAACGCAGCAGUUGAGUGCGCAGUUGGGAGUCAUGGGCGUGUGGACUGCACUGAGCGCGCUGCUCUUCAUCACACACAGCGUGUGCAGCCAAACCAGCAUAAGAUGGUGCACAAUUUCACAACAGGAGCAAGUCAAGUGCAAUGCCAUGGCCACGGCAUUCAGCAGCGCCUCUAUCCGGCCUACGCUGCGCUGCGUACGCACAAACUCCGUCACUGAGUGCGCGCAAAAACUCAUGGCAAAUGAAGUUGAUGCAUUUUCUACCAGUGCCAAAGACAUUUAUGAGAUUGGAAAGCAGGCCACAUUCAAAAUUGAUGCAGCAGAGUCCAGUUCUGAUGGUGAAGGAACGUCAUAUUAUGCAGUUGCCGUGGUGAAAAAGACAAAUUCAUACAUUAACAUCAACAAUCUAAAGGGGAAGAAGACAUGCCACACUGGGAUUGGGCGUACAGCUGGGUGGAACAUGCCCAUAGGCUAUUUGAUUGACAGUGGAAGGAUGUCUGUUAUGGCCUGUAACGUGACGCAAGGAGUUGCAGAAUUCUUCAACGCUAGCUGCAUUCCUGGAGCAACAGGCCAGGCUCCGUCUCUGUGCCAGCUCUGUGCCGGAGAUGAAUCUGGAGGCCAUAAGUGUGAGGCAAGCAACAAGGAGAAAUACUACUCAUAUAAUGGAGCCUUCAGGUGCCUUGUUGAGGAUGCAGGAGAAGUAGCUUUUGUUAAGCACACCACAGUUGAUGACAACACUGAUGGAAAAGGGGACCUAUGGACACAGGGUCUCAAUGCUGCUGACUUCAACCUGCUCUGCCCAGAUGGAACCCGGAGUCCUGUCUCAGAUUACAGACGCUGCAAUCUGGCCCGAGUGCCAUCCAGAGGCAUUGUGGUCCACAGUGACAUCGACAGCUCUGUGAUAUUCAACAUGCUUAGAGAGGGACUGCAAAAGUCUGGCUUUUCUAUUUUCUCCUCGAUGGCCUAUAAUGGUGAAAACCUGUUGUUCAGUGACAGCUCUAUGAAGUUUAUCCCUACUGGAAGUGAGGACUACAUUCAGUGGAUGGGACAAAAAUACUAUAACAUACUGAAAGCUAUGGACUGCUCAGCUAAUGAUGUUCCUGAGAUCCUGACCUGGUGUGUGCUGUCUUUUGGAGAGCAGAAGAAAUGUGGAGACAUGGCUCUAGCCUUUAAAAAAAAGGGACUCUCACCAAACAUCCAGUGUUUAUAUGGAACAUCUGUGGAUGACUGCAUGGAGAAAAUACAGAACAAAAAGGCAGAUGCCAUCACUCUCGAUGGAGGCUAUAUCUACACUGCAGGGAAAACAUAUGGCCUGGUGCCUGCUGUGGGAGAAAGCUACACAGGGGACAGUGACGGCAGCAUCUACUAUGCUGUGGCUGUCUUAAAGAGAAGCAACAGAGACAUCCAGAGAUUCAGUGAUCUGAGGGGACGGACAUCCUGUCACACAGGCUAUGGCAGGACUGCUGGCUGGAACAUUCCAGUAGGUGUGCUCAUUGAGAAAGGCCUUAUCAGACCAAAGAAAUGCCAAGUUGCCCAAGCUGCUGGAGAGUUCUUCAGAGCAAGCUGUGUACCUGGUGCCAAUGAGCCUGGAUUUCCCAGCAACCUUUGCACACAGUGCAUUGGAGAUGCCAGUGGCCAGAACAAGUGUGUUAAAGGCCAGGAUCUGUUUGAUGGUUACAACGGAGCCUUCAGGUGUCUGGUUCAGGAAGCAGGCGAGGUUGCAUUUGUGAAACAUUCCACAGUCUUCCAGAAUACUGAUGGCAAUGGUACAGAUCCUUGGGCCCUCAACUUGAACUCGAGAGAUUUCCAACUGCUGUGUUCUCAAGAGUCUCGUGCUGAAGUCAAUCAGUAUAAACAAUGUCACCUUGCCCGUGUCCCCUCCCAUGCUGUGAUGGUCCGGCCCGACACCAACCCUCACAUCGUCUUUGGCCUUUUGGACAAAGCUCAGCAAUUCUUUGGGGUCAACACUAACUCAGACUUCAAGAUGUUUGACUCCAGUCAAUAUGAAGGAUCAGACCUGAUCUUCAAAGACUCCACAGUAAGCUUAAUUGGUGUUGGUGAGAAAAAGACCUAUGAGGAUUGGCUUGGCCAGAGCUACAUGGAUGCCCUCUUAGCCAUGGAGUGUACUUACUCUUCAGCAGUGGUAUCUUCGGCCUCUGUACUACUGGUGAUCAGCUUGGCUGUGCUCUUCUCUCUUUUGGAUGUGUAGCAGGUCCACCAGCUGCCCAAACUAUCAUAUUACUCCAUUUUAUCCUGAUCGUUCAUAUCAUAUAUAUAUGCAAGUCUACUGUAGCAAAGCUACUGUAAACUAUAUCCACCAGUGACUUAAACAUACAAUGAGCAUACACUUGGGUAUAGAUUUUUUUUUUGCCUAUUUAUCAAAACUAAAUCGCAUAAAUCAGCAUUGCUUUUGAUGUAUAAUUUGUUCAUGAUAGAUAUAUAUGUAUGCUACAUAUAGUAUCUGUCCUAAAUGACAUGUUAGAUUAGCACACCCUUAAGAUUUUUUGCACUCCUUUAUCCACAGCAAGGACAUUUCUCUGUAACUUUUUGUUGCAUUCUGCUGGUAGUCUUGGGAUUGGACAUUAGCAUAGAACUUUAACUUCUGAGCUAUCACUGCUUACUUGGUUUAGUUGAUAAUUACAAUGAAGAAUGUCCGUACUAGUCACAGAAUUUAUUCAGUGUGAUUCGUAAAGCUCUUAAAUGUUAGAAUGAUUUCAUGAGACUAGGAUCCCCAAUCUUUAGGUGCAUUUUCUCUGCCUUUUCUUGACAGCAAUGAUUUCCAUUUUCACUGUAUUUGUUGAAUAUUUAUCACUGCACACACUUUUGUAGUAGUGGUUAGAUACCUGAGGGCAACAGUCAUAUCAGUGCAUAUGCUUUGCCUGUUACAUAUUUAUUGACUUCAGUGUUCUGUGAAUGUCUGUUUUUUUAAUUAUGCACUUGAAGGCACAUGCUGUAUUAGGAUAUGUAUAUUCUAGCUGGAAUCUUUAGUUUCUUUUAUAUCACUGACUAUACACUGGUGUAUGACUUCUGAGUAGAAAAGGACUAAACUGAUUCAUGUAUUUUUACCUUAUAUUUCUCCCAGUGAGAGAAGUAUCAAGAUUUUCCUCUUGCUGUUUGAGAAUCUAUAUUCAGGAUCAUAUUUUCAAAAGCAACUACAUGUUAACUCUAUGUAUUUGUUAGCAAUAUGCAACAAAAUAAAGCAACACAUAUUAUAGUUAUAGGUUUUGCUGCAGGAUUGUGCAUUGAUAUGGCUCUAUCAUUUAAUUUUUUUUACGCUUAAUGAGAAUAACAUCCUAUUCUGAAUUUAGCACCUUUACUUAUGUUUUUUUCCCCAAUAGAGCACUUAGUAUAUGACAAAUUUAACUAGAUUACUAUUCAAAUUUCUCAUGAGCUAUUGAAUAUGCUUUGUAGAGCUGCACUGUUUAUUUUACUGAUUCAAUUUGUUUAAUUAUCACUGAGAAAUGUAUUUUUAUACAAUGUUCAGAUUCCAUAUCAGUGUAUAUGUACUGACACACUGAUUUCUUGCUUUACUGUAUUGCAAUUUCUUCAAUGAAAUGAUUGAGAUGUAACUAAUAUUUAGUUGCCAGGCCAGUGAGUCUGCUGAAGUAUUAUUACAUGUUGCCCACAUAGGGUUCUUUGCUGUUCUUUUCAAUAAACAUGCAUAGUAAA